UGGCCGGGGGUUGGUCAGAAGUCAGAGGUCGUGCGUGUGUCCCGUCGGGGUCCCGCCCGUCUCAGCCGAGGGGGGCGCCGCUCCCCGGUUCUCCCCUGGGCACCUGUUUAGGGAUCCCCGACCCUUCCUGAAAGGGCCCUGCGGGAAACAGGCCUUGACCUCGAUGCCGAGGUCCUGCAGGUGACCCUUGCCCUCCCCAGCCGCCCUAGGAAAGCCGGUCGCCUCCCUCCUCCCCGGGAGAGCAGAGGCCCCGCAGUCGGGGCUGGGGGUUCGGGACCGGUCCCCGGGGCGCACGGCGGUGUGAGAGGUUCACACCGGGUUCGCGGACUGUCCCGAACUGGAAUCUCAUCGGGACAAUUGGGAAAGAUUAAGGGAGGUCAUUGUGGCACUGGGUACUUGGCAGGUGAAAACAGAAAGCUGACGUGGGGAUGUCCUGAACCGAAGUAAAGUGACCGGGAGACAGAAUUUGUCAGUUCGAUGGCAUUGCCCCCUCCCCUUAUUCAAGAAAAUGAGGCAGAAAGAAGUGUUAACCAAGACCUUCCAAGGCCCAGCUGUGGUGUGUAGGACUCCAACCAGCCACGUUUACAUGUUUAAGAAUGGCAGUGGGGACUCUGGGGACUCCUCUGAGGAAGAGACCCAUCAUGUGAUUCUGCGGUCCCGGGGCCCCGAGCGCCAGAAGAAGGGUACCCCCCACCCUCAGCGGCCCAGAGUGAGUGACGUGGUGCUGAUGCAACGGGAGGUGGCCGAGGAGGACAACCUCAACAAGCUGGCUCUGCAGUAUGGCUGCAAAGUCGCAGAUAUCAAGAAAGUCAACAACUUAGUCAGAGAACAAGAUCUGUAUGCCUUAAAAUCGAUUAAGAUUCCAGUGAGAAACCAUGGCGUCCUCACAGAGACCAACACGGAACUGAAACCCCUCCAGAGCCCAGAGACCAGAGUGACCUUGGCGGAACCAGCAGACGCAGAUGGAGAAGCCACGGGGGCCGAGGCCCCAGCCAACCCGCUGACGGAUUUCUUUAAGGGGAUCGACCAGAAUAUCGAGCGCGCAGCGCAGUCAGACAUUUUUCUAAGCGAGAGUUACUGCAUAGACGCUGCCGAUCAGCCGCUGCUCCCGGCUCCCGCAAAGACGCCCCUGAACGGCGCCGACUGUGGGCUUCGGUGGUGGAACGCCGUGUUCAUCAUGCUUCUAGUGGGGAUCGUUCUGCCCGUGUUUUAUUUAGUCUAUUUUAAAAUACAAGCUACUGGGGAGACCCCCGAGAGCUUGAAUGCGACAGUUGUCCCCAAUGGGUCGAUGGCUCUGAAUGUGGUUCCAGGCCAAACCCCCAGGGUGGCGAUUCCGGUGCCAGCUGUCCCCUCUUCAGCUAGCCGCUUUGGUCCAUCUACACAGGCUGGGAAUUGAGUCAUUGUUUUGUUUUGUUUUGGGAGAGAGUGUUUUUGCUAUAGGGCACGUGAGCUCACCAGAGGGACAGAGA